AUGCCUAUGUUUCCGCUAUUUACCUCUAAAGCUUCCGUUAUGUCUUCUAACGAAGCUCUCAUCAAUGCCGUAUAUUAUCCCAGCUGGCGAGUCUAUAAGGGCUUUCCCCCUUCAUCUCUUCAGCUAGAUUGCGUCAACCAGAUUUUCUAUGCCUUCGUCCGGCUAAACGAAGAUGGAACCCUCAAACUAUUGGACGAGUUUGCAGACUUAACCAAAGACGUCGACGGGGAGAAGGGCUGCCUCCGUGCGCUGGCCAAACUAAAGCAGCAAAAGCCUGAUCUCAAAACUCUAGUAUCAAUCGGUGGUGGUAGCGGCAGCGCCGAGUUUCCCGCCAUGGCCGCGCACGCUACCCAUCGGAGUACGUUUGCGAGGUCCUGCAAGGAAUUCGUAGAGCAGUACCAAUUCGACGGCGUAGAUAUUGACUGGGAGCACCCGACAACACCAGAAGCAGGUAAAAAUUAUAUUGCCGUACUCCGCGCCCUGAGAGAAGUGCUACCCUCGCCACGGUACCUCCUCACUACAGCCCUACCGACUGGUGAGUAUUGCCUGAAGAAUAUCGACAUGCGCGCAGCGGGGAAACUCCUCGAUAGUCUGAAUCUAAUGGGCUACGACUUCAAUGGCCCAUGGACUGAUGUAUCAGGCCACCAUGCACAGCUCUUACCUCAACCAGGCUUACAAGAGCAUAUAUACCCGGCCCUGAGGAAUUCAUGCCACCGCGGUGUUGAGUACCUAGCGUCACGAGGCUUCCCAGUUCGCAAAAUUGUGCUGGGUGUGCCAGUAUACGCAAGGUCUUUUGCUGGAGCUCGUGGGGUUGGGCAGCCCUUCAAGUCAGCUGCAGAGGUUGACUACAAUGAUCUUCCAUGCGAGUGGAUCAGGGAUGCAACUGUUGAUCAUCAUGUAGUGGCUGCAAGCUAUGUUGACCGUGCAGGUAAGGGGUUUGUUAGCUUUGACGUCCCGGAAACAGUAAGACGGAAAGCUGAGUAUGUGAGGAGAAAGGGGCUGGCUGGGUUGUUCUACUGGACUGGUGUUGGUGAUGUUAAGGGCCCUGAGAGCCUGGUUCGGGCUGGAUAUGAAGAGCUUAGUAGGGGGUAA